AAAUAUAUAUCAAUAAGCCAAAAACAGUUGUUUGAUUAAGAAUUGAAGCGCUAAGAUGGCAUCAAAUCAGGAAAAUGUGAAGCUUUUUGGAAUGAUGGCAAGUCCAUUUGUGAGUAGGGUGGAAAUUGCUCUAAAAUUGAAGGGUGUUGAAUACAAAUAUGAGUUAGAAAAGGGAGGGAACUUAAGUGAUACACUCAAAAAAUACAACCCUAUUUAUAAAAAGGUUCCUGUAUUAGUUCAUAAUGAUAAGCCCAUAUCAGAAUCCCUUGUGAUUCUUGAGUAUGUUGAUGAAACUUGGAAGCAAAAUCCUAUCUUACCUUCUGAUCCUUACAAAAGAGCCUUGGCUCGUUUCUGGACAAAGUUCAUAGAUGAUAAGUGUUUAAGUGCUGCACGAAAAGCUGCUUUCACUAUUGAUGAGAAAGAACGUGAGAAAGCUAUUGAGGAAACAGAAGAGGCUUUUCAAGUUCUUGAGAAUGAGCUUAAGGAGACUUUCUUUGGUGGAGAAGAGAUUGGAAUUGUUGAUAUUGCUGCAGUUUUCAUAGCUUUUUGGUUCCCCAUUGUACAAGAAGCAACAAACUUGAAUUUGUUCACUAGUGAGAAAUUUCCCAAGCUUUACAAAUGGAGUCAAGACUUCACCAACCAUCCAAUUGUUAAGGAUAAAUUGCCUCCUAGAGAAGGACUUUUGACUUACUUUAAAGCUCGUUAUGAAAGUCUUCUUGCUUCAAAAUAGAUUAUGUUAAGGUGAUAGAUAUUUAGGGAAUUGAAGGAGAAUUGUCUGGAUUAAUUGUUUGUCAUUUAGUUAAUUUUAUUUGAAUUUUUAUUUCAAUUAAGAUAUAUGCGACCUAUGAUUUCUCAUUGUUUAAGAAGUCUAGGGUUUUGUCCUUGUUUACACUAUUUUAAUUAAUAAAUAAUAAAGUCCUUAUUCCCUGGAAAA